CUUCAACGCAUUCGACGGGCUCAUCGAUCAGCGCAAGGAAGGUCUGAUUAAUCGCCGAUGCUGUUCCUGGUAUCAUUUCGACUGCGUUGGAGUAAUAGACGAGAAAUCUGAGAACAGCUGGAACUGCGACUGCGUCAACGUGUCAUCGGAAGUCAUCACAACUAUAUUGAGCAACGCCCUGCAGAACCUCGGAAAUACCACACGAGCAGGCGAACCUCAGGCUACUUCGUCACCAGCAAAACCAACGGGGCCGCUACCAGAACCGGAUCGGGACUUUGGACUAUGCCCGCCAAAAAUAUUCCCGGACACAGCUAGGACGGCUAUUCCUAUUUUACUUCUGCCAAACAUCGAACUGGCCUACAGUAGUUUUCAGACAAGUACGGAAAUCGCUGGAUAUACGAAUGCAGAAAAUCUUAUGCGGCUGCAAGAUAGCCUAAAGGGAAAAGCACAUGAAGGAUCGGCACUAACGCUCAUCGACAACAAGGUCUAUAAGCAACUCGGCUUAAAAGGCGUUCCAGAUCCACUGUGCCUAAAAUGGACCAACGAUACAACACGCGAAGAAAAUGCAUCGGAACGUUCUAUCGACAUAAGGGCUCUCGCCAAAGAAUUUCCCCACCUAGCGGGACUACCGAUAGCAUCACACACCAACGCACGCCCAAGCAUCCUAAUCAGCACAAAUAACUGGAACCUCGCCGUACCCCUUAAAAUCAAAGAGGGGGCAUGGCACCAACCAAUAGCGUCAAAGACGCGACUGGGAUGGGCACUACAAAGCUCCACGCCAUCAAGGGCCACUAGAGCUAAUGUCAGCGUUCAUAUGUGUGGAUGCCGAGAAGCAGACGCCAAGCUGCAUGAGAUCACCAAACAAACGUUCUCAUUAGACGCUACCACAGCCAAACCGCUAUCAUCACCAGAAGAAACUCAAGCUCUAACCAGACUUGAAUCUACUACCGCCUUGAAGAAUGGCAGGUACGAGGUCGGUCUAAUGUGGAAAGAUCCUGAAGUUUUAUUACCUGAUAGCUACGCAAACGCACUAAAACAGCUUAAAUGCCUACAACAGCAAUUUUCCCGACAACCACAUUUGAAGGAGCAAAUCACCAAGCAAAUCGACAACCUCGUCGAAAAGGGCUAUGCUCGCAUGCUGACGCCGGAAGAAAUAGCUGCACCAAUCAGACGGACAUGGUAUCUACCAACUUUCAUAACUAAAAAUCCAAAUAAUCCAGAGAAGGUCCGGCUUGUAUGGGAUGCAGCCGCCCAAUCCGGCGGCAAGGCCCUGAAUGACUACAUCUGGAGUGGUCCAGAUCUCCUAAACUCCCUUUUUGACCUCUUACUCUCAUUCCGAGAGGGACGAGUGGCGAUCUGUGGCGAUAUCGCCGAGAUGUUCCACCAGAUCCGAGUGAGACCAGCAGACACCCAUGCGCAAAGGUUUCUGUGGUUCGACAGCAAAUCCGAGAGGCAAGAGCCUAACGUUUAUGUUAUGGAAGCGCUUACUUUCGGAAUCAAUUGCGCACCCUGCAUUGCACACUUUAUUCGUGACAAAAAUGCAGAUCGAUUCUGCCAACAGUACCCUCAAGCAGCACAAGCCAUGAAGGACUACCACUACGUGGAUGAUUUUAUAUACAGCGUCGACAACUACGUGGAAGUCGGAAACAUCGCAACUCAAGUCAGAGACAUCCAUGCAGCAGGUGGUUUCCACAUACGCAAUUGGUCUUCGAAUUCAAAAGAGGUCCUACGAAUACUAUUCACAUUCAUCUGCAAGUUCGCCAGGCUGAAGCGCAACGUUUUAGACAGCGACAAAACACCAACCAAACGCGAGCUCGUGCAAGCACUUAUGUCAAUGUACGACCCACUCGGCUUCAUCUCAUGCUUUACAAUAGAGCUGAAAGUCCUACUGCAAGAAGUCUGGAGAAGCGGCAUUGGCUGGGAUACUGGUUUGCCCAACGCAUUGUUACCCAAAUGGAUACGAUGGAAACGGAUCCUUACAACAAUCGCCGGAUUGACCAUCCCGAGAUGUUAUUUCAACAGCAGCGAUCAAAUCCAUGAUGUCCAGUUACACACGUUCGUUGACGCCAGCGAAUUGGCAUACGCAGCAGUCUGCUACCUUCGGAUACGCCAGGGGGAAAGAACCUACCUCAGCUUCGUGGCCUGCAAGUCGAAAGUGGCACCGUUGAGUCCACUAUCUAUACCAAGGAUGGAACUGCAGGCCGUAGUUAUCGGAGCAAAGCUGAGUAACCGAAUUCAACGCAAGCCAUGUUUGUCAAUUAACUCGAGUUGUUAUUGGUCCGACUCAAAGACUGUUCUCAAAUGGCUUCGUAUGGAUCCACGAAAGUUUCAGCAAUUCGUCAUGCACCGCGUGGGCGAAAUACUGGAAUUCACAAACGUUAGCCAAUGGAAUUGGGUUCCAACCAACCUUAACCCUGCAGAUCUUGCUACUAAAACAAACAACGCCAAUAAAUAUAAAACUUGGCUACACGGUCCAGACUAUUUGCUGCAGGAUCAACACGAGUGGCCAAAAUGCGAUGAUUUAGGGCCACCAAACAAUGGUGAAGUCAGGCAUAACAUACUUUUCAUCGACAAUUCGCCGAUGGAGCUAAAACUUAACGCGGAAUAUUUUUCCGACUGGCGCAGGCUAUAUCGAGCUUUAGCGCGCUUUAUUCUCUACAUUGAGAAACUGAAAGCGAAACAAAAGAAGGCAUCGCCACCUACAGAGGUGUCUUACGAGAUGAUUCAGCACGCACACUCCUACUGCGGCAUGAGCAGUCAUCUGAAUUCAACCCAGAAAUUCGCAACUUAA